CCGAAACCCUGAUACACACACAUGGCUUUUAGACGACCACUGAUACUAAUCGUCCUUUUCAUCGCUUUAACCGCCGGCGUUAAAAUCGCCACCGCGGAUGACCCGGUUCCGAUGCCAUGGCCACACCAGUUCCACGCGUUAAUGUUUAUGAAUUACUCCGGAGAUCUCUCGAUGAUUGACCUUUGGUACGACUGGACCAACGGUCGUAACUUCAAUAUCAUCCAGGAGCAGCUCGGUGGCAUUACCUACGACCUUGAAUGGAACAAUGGUACCUCCUUCCUCUACACUCUCGACGAGUCAAGAUCGUGCCGCUCAGCUCAGCUCGAGGUUGGAAUCCUGCGACCAAACUGGCUAGAUGGAGCCAAGUAUCUAGGUCAAAGAAAUGUUAGUGGGUUUCUCUGUAAUGUAUGGGAGAAAGUAGACUUUAUAUGGUACUAUGAGGAUGUUGCAACCAAGAGACCCGUCCAAUGGAUCUUCUAUACAGGGAGAGAGGCUCAUAUAAUGACAUAUGAGGUCGGUGCGGUCCUAGAGGAUGAGAAGUGGCAAGCACCGGUCUAUUGUUUCGACAAGGAGAAGAAGAGUUCAUCUACAAAGGGAGCUUUGAGAGAAUUUAGAGGAUACAAAGAAAAGGCUGCUUUGUAAUGUUAAUUAACGAGAGACCUUCUUUUUCUUCUAGAGGAUCAAUCAGGAGGAGCAAAAGAGUGAAUAAAUGGGGACUACGGUUACUUAUGAACAGUAGUAUAGUCGUUGUAAACCUUUUCUUUUACUCGUUUCAGUUGAGAAAAUUUGUCUCCAGUUCGAGUAAAUUUGUUUUUUGGUUUGGUUUCUUACUUCGAAAUUUUAGACAUAUGUAAAUGUUGUUUUAGUCAGUAACUUUGUUAAGAAAGUAUGAGACAGUGACUUAUCAGC